CUAACUAGUACUAGUGUUUUCUACAUAUCACGAUUAAGCCACCAACAAAAGAGCGCGCAAUCUGUUUCUCGAGAAUAGCAGUUUAUAAAUUUUAUCGCAUUGCAGUUGAUCAUAAAUCCUGAAGGAACCCGAACACAUCUGUGAAAGAAGUUGGUGAUCAACGGUGCUAGAGAAACAUAGACACACAGUCGAGAUGGUGAGGGAGACGUAUGUCGUCCAACCCGGUGGUGGGGUUUCUGGUAAAGGAUGUACCGACAGAGAAAAAAUAUUUGUAUUUCUGACUAUUGUGUUUGCCUUGUUAUCUAUUGCUUUGAUCAUAGUGUUGGCAUUGGAACUGACAGAAGAUCAUUAUUAUAGCGGUGAUCCAGAAAGCAGAACAUGUAUGGCUAUUGAAUGUGUGAAAGAUUCUGCAGCUUUGUUGAAUUCUAUAGAUUUUUCUGUAAAUCCAUGUGAUGACUUCUAUGAAUAUUCCUGUGGUAAUUGGAUAAAAAAUCAUAUAAUACCAGAAGAUAAAUCUUCGUUUAAAAGAUUUGAAGACACCAGAGAUAAAGUUGAUCUAAUGUUAAAAGCAUUACUUGAAACACCAAUUUCUAAAACUGAGAGUAAUGCUACCAAGAAAGCUAAAUGGCUUUAUAAAUCAUGUUCAAAUGAAGAAGUCAUUGAUCAGCGUGGUUUAGAUCCUCUAGGUCCGCUAUUUAAAGAUUUGGGAGGUUGGCCAAUAAUAACACCACAAUGGGAUGGUAGAAACUUUGACAUAGAGAAUCUCUUGAUAAAACUUCACCAACUAAAUACAGAUUACUUACUGAAGGUCACAGUUCGACCAGAUGAAAGAAACUCGUCAAAGAAUGCAAUCGUUCUUGAUCAAGGAAGUUUAGGAUUACCAUCAAAAGAUUAUUAUUUAAAAGACCGGGAUGAUAAAUAUAUAUCUGUAUAUGAACAAUUGGCGCGAGAUUUAGCUAGAAUGUUUGGUGCUGAAUCAAGACUAGCUGCAUCUGAAACCAGAGAAAUGAUUGACUUGGAGAUAAAGUUAGCCAAUUACACUUCAGCAAUAGCUAGUAGAAGGGAUCGAAAUAAACUCUACAACAAAAUGACGGUUGCGCAGUUGAGAAGAGAUAUUCCCUGGUUUGAUUGGAAUAGAUUGUUAAAUGGUGUAUUUAGAGAUGUAGAUAUACCUAUACCAGACUGGACACCUAUUGUAGUUUAUACUCCAGAAUAUCUUAAAAAUAUGGUACGACUUGUUCGCAAUACUUCUUCCAGGACAGUAGCUAAUUAUUUAAUCUGGAGAUUAUUAAAGGAUAGAUUAUCAGAUUUACCCGAAGGUUAUCGAGCUGUAGCCAGAAAUUAUAACAGGGUUGUUUUUGGUAUUAAGCGGGAACAACCAAGAUGGAAGAUGUGUGCUGAGUAUGUCAAGAAUACUUUAGGUCAUGCUGUAGGAAGGAUGUUUGUAGAAAGAUAUUUUGAUGAAUCAUCUAAAGAUAAGUCAGAGGUUAUGAUCAAAUAUGUAGAGAAAGCUUUCAAUGAAAUGUUGAUGGAAGCCGAAUGGAUGGACAAAACUACAAAGGAAUAUGCUCUGAAAAAGGCUGAUAAUAUUAUUAAAAAGAUAGCAUAUCCAGAUUGGAUACUGGAUAAUUAUUACUUAAAUAAAGAAUAUCAAAAGGUGAAUUACAAUCCAGAUUAUUAUUUUGAGAAUGUCGUGGCAUCUUUAAAAUUCCUGACUAAGAAAAAUCUCUUACAGCUACGCGAAUCUGUUAACAAAACAAAAUGGACAACAACGCCAGCAGUAGUAAAUGCUUAUUAUCAAACAACAGAAAACGCUAUCACGUUCCCUGCAGGUAUACUCCAACCUCCUUUUUACAGUAAACAUUAUCCUAUGUCCCUAGUAUUUGGUGGGAUUGGAAUGGUAAUUGGACAUGAAAUAACACAUGGUUUUGACGAUGAAGGAAGACAAUUUGAUGAUCAGGGUAACUUACGACAAUGGUGGACAAGAGAAUCACAAAGGAAGUUUACUGAAUUAGCCCAGUGUAUGAUUGAUCAGUAUUCUAAUUAUUCGGUUAACGGGGAAUAUGUGAGAGGUAAUCAGACAGUCGGUGAAAAUAUAGCAGAUAAUGGUGGCGUGAAGGCAGCAUAUAGGGCAUAUCACGAAUGGAAAGAGGCCGAGGAGUUUCAAUAUGGCCGACUUCCGGGAUUGAAUUUAACUGCCAAUCAGCUUUUCUUUGUUAAUUUUGCUCAGGUUUGGUGUGCAGUGACGUCACCAGAGGCAGAUAGAAACCAACUCCUCACUGACAGCCACAGUCCAGGAGCUUAUAGGGUUAUUGGCAGUUUGUCAAAUAAUGAAGACUUUUCUAAAGUAUUCGAAUGUCCGUUAGGGUCAAGGAUGAAUCCGGUGAAAAAAUGUAAAGUGUGGUGAUCGGUUGAUUAUUAUCGAUCAAAACAAUAUGGAGGCGAACAUUCCAAAUAUACACCAAUUAAAAUGUGCCUUUUAAAUCACACGUGACAGAGACAGAGAUGGGUUGAAAACGUUCAUUACUGAAAAAAAAAAACAUAUUAUGUAAUAUCUGGGAGAAAAUAUCACAAACAUGGAUGAGUGUUUUGUUAUUUUGUGGUGCGUAUAUUGACUUAGAUAAAGUAUAGUAUAUAUACAUAUUAUGUAAAAUUAGUAUAUAAUAAGUUUAUGUUGUAAAUAUAUGUGUUGUCUAUGUGGUCUAGUCUUGAAUGUGAUAUUUUAACAGAUAAAUAGCCAAUCGAGAAGACAUGAUUGUGUAACUUUUGUUUUUUCCUCCCUCUUGGGGAAACUGUUUAUGAAGACGUAACAAGCACUGGCUGUGUAUUGAUAUAUAAAUUAAAUAAAAUUUAUUUAAGAAACAAUUAUGUGUAUUGUAUACUAUCUUAGUACUGUUUUAAUUAUAUUCUUAAAUUUCAAAUUAUAUUUUGAAUUACAAUGUUGAAUCUACCAGGAAAAUACAUUAAUUAUGAGAACAGCUGUUAAUGUUACUUUAAUAUUUAAUUGAAAACGUCUGAAACAAUGUAAAUAAACAAAGAAUAUAGCUAUGUAUACUGUAAAUAGUAUACAUAUAUUGUAUGUUUCACUAUCUCUUGUACUGAUUCUUGGCAUAUCUGUUAACUUUUUUACAGACAUCUUACGUUGUUAUGUUCCUUUCGUCAUUUUUUUUAUAGAUGGAAGAUUGAUGUUGGAAUUUUACUAUACGUUUUGUUUAAAUUAUAAUAUAGAGCCGUAAAAUGGAGUUUUAUUUAAAGAGCUAAAUCUUCCUUUUGCAGGUCUUUAUUUUGACUUCAAAUGUUAUAUAAACUAUAAUUUAGACAUUUAUUCACAUGCCAUGCCUAUAAUCUAGACCAUCGGAUAGACGAGAUUUAAAUGGAUUAAACACUGAUAACUUCGGUCGGAAUAAAGUAAUUUGCGUGAAAUUUUUAAUAUUUUCAUUUUUCAUGAAAUUGAAGGUCAAAUUUUUAUUACGACUGUAGUCAACCAACUAAUAUGGUAUUGGUUCUAGUCACAUUAUCACGUGUUUGUGUGAAAACCAGUUAGUGUUGUGGAUAAUAUUCAUUUAGUUUUAUCAACUUAGUUUUUUGGUGUUGUCUACAUAAUAUUACAGUUGCUGUGAUUAUAUAUUGUAUAGUAUGAAAAUUAUAUAAUAUAUUGACGUAUCGGAGAUAUCCCUAGCCCUGUUCAAUGACUAUUAUUCCCUAAUCGUCUUAAAAUAAGGUGCGAUGAGCGAACUAACCGCUGUGACUUAUUCCACCAUCAAUUUAGCCCAAAUACAUUUAUUCGGUAGACUUUAAGGGAGAUAAUUUUCUAAUUUAACAGUUGGUGUUCUCAGUUGUGGAAAACCAGAUAAAGUCGCCGUGUCAGUGAAACCCCACUAAAAUGAUUCAAAGAAAAGAUAUCAACUAUUAUUCAAGGGUUAAUAUGAAGGAUAAAACGCUGAUGUUUUCGGAAAAUUUGGACAUGUUGUCAGUUCACUUUAUAUCGGGGAUCUAAAAAAGAACACAACGCUUUUCGGGUGCUCGUAUCAGAUAUUCUGCGAUGCAAAUUCAUGUCAUCUUUUCUGAAAACAGAUAUUGACAAAUGCGUCCUUCGUGAAUCGUCAUCUUUUAUGUAUUGUUGUAUAAAUUAUGUAUCGUAAAUUUAGCGUGGAUAUAUCUAAGUAAGGUUUCUAAAAAAAAACAACAUAUUGCUAUAAUAAUUUCAGUUCAUCGGAAUUUUAAAUUAUUUUUACUGCUCCUAAAGAUAUCAACAAUACAAAGGCAUUUUUGUAUUUUUGUAAUGGUGUAUUGUAAAAUGUUUAUCUAUCCCUACAUAUCCUUACCUUUUCUAUACUUCUUGUCUAUCUAAUAUGAUUUGUCCAACUUUUGUAAAUCACUAGUAUCACAAUUAAAAACAUUAUUAAAACUC